CUCUCUCUCUCUCUCUCUCUCUCUCUCUCUCUCUCUCUCUUUCUUUCACGGUGGGGAAGUUGACUGCCAAACAGUAGGUGGAAUUUUACUGGAGGGAAAUCCCAUCCUGGGGUUAGGGUGAUGUUUACAGGGGUGUAAGGAUCCAUCAGAACUCAUUGAACUACACGAAAAGUCCUUAAAGGAAAAAAUGCAAGAAAAAAUGUAAUCACAGUACAACGUAUGUCUUGUGUGUGAAUCUUGUCCCAAAUCAACAAUGUUGUGCCUCUGGUAGAAUUACACUCAGGGAAUGGAGAUGAGAGCAGUUUAGGGAAGGGCCGAGAAUGUGGGCUGUGGGAAAGGCUGCCCGGGGCCAGCUAAGCCCUGCCCUCUCAUCACACAGCGCAUAAUGUCCAAAAAACAUAAGCACAUUCCUCUCCCUUCUCUCUAGUGGCCGGCAGCCUCUGCCCCUAUGAAUCUGAACUAGCUCAUCUUUCAAGAUACACAGUCAGGCAGGGGAACCACGGCAACAGGAACAAGCUGGCCACAUCAGGUCUACUGUCAGGAAGCAGAGAGGGAUGAAUGUGUGGGCAGUUCAGCUCCCUUUCUCCAUCUCCUAUAGGCGAGCCUUCCCGCUUCAAUUAACAUAGUAAAAACACGCCCACCAGAGGUGAGCCACUAAGGCUAACUAACCAUCACUGUGUGCAAGCACUCAGCGCUGAACUACAUCUCCAGCACAUUCUAUUUACCCGUUCAUUUAUCAAUGCAGAGUUGAUUGCUUCAAACUUUUGGCUUUUAUUCCUUUUCCUUUUUUGUUUUCUUUUGGUUUUUUUUUUGUUGUUGUUGUUGUUUUUGUUUUUCGAGACAGGGUUUCUCUCUAGCUUUGGAACCUGUCCUGGAGUUCACUCCAUAGACCAGGCUGGCCUUGAACUCCACAGAGAUCUGCCUGCUGGAUUUAAAGGCCUGUGCCACCACUGCCCAGCCCUUUCCCUUAUUUUUAAAAGCUUUUAAAACUGGGUGUAGUGCCUCAAUCCCAACACCCAGGAGGCAGAGGCAGGCAGAUUUCUGUGAGUUCAAGGCCAGCCUGGUUUACAAAGUGAGUUCCAGGACAGCUAGGGCUGUUAUACAGAGAAACCCUGUUAUAUAUAUAUAAAGAUUUGUGGUGUGUGUGUGUCUGCCUACUGUAACAUUGGUUUGGAAGUCAUAGGCAACCUGCAGGAGUCAGUUCUCCCCUUCCACAACGUGGGUCCCAGUGGUUAAACGCAGGCAGUUUGUCAUGUUUACCUACUGGGUCACCUCACUAAUAUACACACACAUUUAAAAAGUUAACAUCUGCCAGGCAUGGUGGCUCGUGCCUGUAAUCCCAGCAUGCAGGAGCCUGAGGCAUGAGGGCCACACAUUCUAGAAUAGCCUGGCCACACAGGAAGAUGUCUCUCAAAAAAAAUCAAACAAAACAAAAAAGUUAUUGUCUUAGUUAGGGCUAUUAUUGCCGUGGUGAAACACCAUGAUCAAAAGCAGCUUGGGGAGGAAAGGGUUUAUUUGGCUUGUUCUGCCUCAUCACUGCUUUUCACUGAAGGAAAACAGGGCAGGAACCUGAGGGCAGGGGCCGAUGCAGGGGCCACGGAGAGGAGCUGUUCACUGGCUUGCACUCUCUGGAUUGCUCAUCCUGCCUUCUUAGAGAACCCAGGACCACCAGUCCAGGAGUGGCACCACCCACAAUGGCUGGUUCCUUCCCCAUCAAUCACUCAUUAAGAAAACUCCCCAGGCUUGCCUACUUCUCAGUCUUAAAGAGGCAUGUUCUUAUUUGACUUCAGCUGUGUGUGUGUCAAGGUGACAUAAAGUUACCCAGCACAGUCAGCAAGCUAGUAUCCGACUUUACAUAGUCAGGCCACUAAUCAACAUUAAGACGUUAAUUAAGGGCUGGGGGGGGGGCAGUUGCAUGUGUAAAGUGCUCGCUGUGCAAGCACAAGGACGUGAGUUUGAUUCCUAGCACCCGGGGGAAAAGCCAGGUAUGAGUGAACACUUGCAGCCCCAGCACCGGGGAGAUGGAGACUGGAGAAUCCCUGGGAAUCUGUGAGUCCCAAAUAAGGUGGAAAAAAAAAGGUGGAAGACUCCUGAGGAAUGAUAGCCAACGUCGUUCUCUAGCCUACACACACACACACACACACACACACACACACACACACACACAACUAAAGACAAAAGUAAGCAGGAAGUGCCACUUAGUGGGUAAAGGUACUUGCUGACAAGCCUGGCAACCCGGGUUGGAUCCAGGAGACCCACACGGUGGAAUGUUCUCAAGCAGUCACACAUACACAAACAAUAAAUAAGUAGACUUUUAAAAGCAAAUCAGGCGUACGGCCUCCAUGGACUAUGAGCAUGCACACAGCAGUCUGCUUGCCUUAUCUCCACGGUAUGGCUAAGUUUCCUUUGCCAUCCCUCCCCCGUUAUGAGAGCGGGUGAUCUGGUGGCAUUGGCCGGUUUGUUCCAGAGGGCCGGUUUGUUCCAGAAAUCUUCAGUGAGAAGGGCACUGCUGAAAUCUACAUCACUAGGCUGCCAUAACAUGUCCGGAGAUGACGCCUGCAAGCUGCCUGCCAGAGAGCCUGACAGCAGGGGGCCCUUAAGACAUAGGAGUACAUAUUGUUAUGUGACAACCAGGGUGGGGGUGGGGAACUGGUUAUGAAUCAGAGGAGCGGGUGGCCCUGCCUCCUGUCAUGGAGGGGACUGCAGCAGGGGCCUGGGCCCCUCUGUGCCAUAAUGCUGGGGGACCUGAUAUUUUUUCUGAGGAGUUUCCAUGGGUUUCUUGCUUCUUCUGGCACCACAGGAGCCAUCUUGGCUUGGUUGAUAAGCUUUAAGCCAGCCUUGUUUGGCUUCCUCUUCCUUCUGCUAUUGCUCAGCAACUGGCUAGUCAAGCAUGAACUCAAUCAGGCUCCCUGCCAGCCCCAGACGCUGGCAGAAAAGGCGACGGCUCCAGAAGUCAACCCCAAUUAUGCCACGGAGAGAGAGUUGGAGAAAAUGAAUGUUUGCUUCGCUCUCCAGGAUAAGGUCCUGGAACGGCUGCUGUUCAGCGAGAUGAAGCUGAAGGCCUUGGAAAAUCAGAUGUUCAUCAUAUGGAAUAAACUGAAUCACCGCCGGUGGCACAGCAGACACCGGAACUUCUCCAGGAGGUGGCACAGGAAAAGAAGGAAUGACUCUACUUUCUCCAUCGUCUCUAACUACACCACCAACACCCCCACCGAAUGCGACUGA